UUUUUAUUUACUCGACAGUCAACGUACAAACAGUGUGUGACUAACAAGAAAAUUUUUACUAAAUAAUAAAAAAAAAAUAAUUAAAAAUUAUGUCUGCACCACCACCGCCUCCGCCGCCCCCUCCUGGACAUGUACAGUCUGUACAUGUUGUGGAAACAAAUACAUCAAAUUCUAUAAUAACCUUCCUAAAUAUAAUUAAUGCUAUCACACAUUGGUUGCUAGGUGCAGUGGUAAUCGGGGCUUUCUUUUUUGCAAAUAUUGUACCCAAGGCUGGAAUUUUUUCUACUUUGAGGCAACAUAUUUAUUUAUGUGUUACAGGGUACAUUAUUUUAAUGAGUCUGGCUUUAACUUCCAUAAAUCCUUAUUCGGGCUUUUUAAAGACCCUGGAUCAAAAUAAAAAAAGGACGAUACAUUUUGUUCUACAAGUAAUAGGAUCAGUUCUUGCUAUUGCUGGCAGCAUUUUAAGCAUAUCCAAAUUUAAGAACUUCAAUAGUGCUCAUGGAAUUCUCGGAUUAAUCGCAAUGAUCUUAACAUUUUUAAGUCUAAUUGGAGGACUGGUCAAUGUAUUCGCUCAAAAACUAAAUAAAUUUCCUGUACUUAUUAAAUCUUGUCACGCUUGCCUUGGUAGCGUUACACUUAUUGUCGCAUUUUUGAGUCUUAUAUUUGGUUUCUCGAGUGACAUAUUUAGGAAUAGUAUAGGAGAAACAAAUAGUAAUAUGUGUAUAGCAUUCACUGUUUUUGCAUUAGUGGGCGUUAUAAUUUCACCGUGUAUCACACUUUUCAGUAGAUUAUUUAAGUAAAUUUAAUUUUAUAUUUCUUAUAUCUAAUAUAAUCUAAUCUCUAAUACUGUAAGCAAAAAUAUAAAUGUACAUUAUUACAUUUGAAUAAAUUCCUUCGAUUGAAAAAGAGAAUUAUCAAAACUAGUUCAGAAUUAUUGAUGAUGUCACAUAAUAUCUAUAAGUAUACAAAAACAAGUAAAGAAAAAUACAAUCAGCUGAACCUCUUCCUUUUUAAAGUAGGUAAGAAUAUGAACACAAAUGAAAAGUCAAUACAAGUAUUACCACUUAUUACGUAAUAAUAUUUUACCACAUGCUAAAUUUCAUCCAAAUUACUCCAGUAAUUAAAUUAUAUUUACUUUUGGUACUAUUUUUUAUCUAAUUUCUAUAAGUACUUAACGAGAUAUGUUUCAAUGAAAUUCAGCCACGGUCCACUGGUUUCAAACAAAAACAACAAGCUUUUAACUGACAAACCUCUAUAUUUCAAUAACAUAUAGGUUAUUGUCAAUCACAGCUUUGUUGCAUUACAAUCUAUCUAUCUUUAGGCCAAGUCCCUUGCGGAGUAGGCAGAGAUCAAUAUAUAUAUUAACAUUACGAAUACCUACAUAUACCUACGUAUAUUAGUAAUAUGUGUUAAAAAAAAGUAAUAUUGUAGGAAUAUUCUGUUCGCCGUGUAAUCCCGCCAUAGAAUGGCCCACCUCCUCCUUCCCCAUGGGUAUCGUAAGAGGCGACUAAAGUAAUUUAAUAGUUGAGGGAUGGGCAGCAACGUCCCUUUUAAAAUAUCACUAAAACCUAACUACGGUUGCCAACCUGCCUACCAAGCGUGACAACUAUUGGUAGAACCGCCCUUUACGGGGGAGCAUAUGUUCAGUAAUAAACAGUUAACGGCUGAUAUGAUACCUAAUGAUGAUGAUUCUGUAACCAACUUCGGAACGGAAAUUUUUUACUUUGUAAUGUAUGAUGCAUAAUAUGAUUGUUUAGUAUAUUGCAUAUAAUUUGUUUUAUUUUACUAUUUAAACAUUUUAUAUUUUCUACGUAUUGUAAUGAAAUAUAUAGGAUUUUAUUAAUUUUUUAUUUAAUUCUUUAUUGCACCAUAAAUAAAAAUAUACAGUGACAAGUGAAUAAUUCAAGCGAAAUACAGUAACAUAAAUAUAUAUUAUAUUGGAAAGAUAUGUUUCAGAGAACUACAAAUUAAUAUGACUACAUAAAAUUCCUAGUUAUCUAUUUAAUACUAUAAUAUUUUAUAAGAUUAUGUGUGUAUUACUGAUAAUGUUAUAUACAUUACAUAUUACAAGGAAAAAUAAAUUAAAACAACACAUAUGUUUCUAAAUCUUUAUCACUUGUUCAUUAUCUAUUUACAUUAAUCCUUAUAUUAACUAAACUUUAUUACAUAGUUAUUUAAAUACAUUUGAAAUUACUUAAUAUUUUAGAGUCAUGACCGUGUUCUACAUUACUUAUAUACUUAAGUAUCACACUGAAUACAAAUAGUUACACUUUAAGUAAUUUAAUAAUACCAUUAUGUUACUUUAACUAUAAUAAUUAGAUAUGCUUAUAUUGCAAAAGAAAAUUUAAAAAUAAGGCAUUAAAAUAUAAUGUUGUAAACAUGUAUAUAUAUUAGAAGUGUACAUAUUUCAUAAUAUUAAAUUAAUAAUUUAAUUAAUGAUCGUUUUAUUAGAAAACGAUAUUAUAGAUGUAAUUAAGGUUCAAAUUCGUUUAUAGUUAAACAAUGGUUAGAAAUUUGAUUACUCAAUUUUAUUCAUUAUUAUAAUAUUCUUAAAACAAUUUGACUUUUAAUUCUUCAACUGUUAAUAAUUAAAUUCAAAAUCAACGUUUACAUAUGUUCUAUUUAUAACAAUAAUGGCAAUAUAAUUAUUUAGGUAAUGUUUUACUUCUUUUAUUCUUUUUUGUUAGCGUUAGCAUCGCUAUCUAAAUUAAGUUGGUUCUUCACAUACUAGUCAAUUUUGGGACAUUGUUUGCUUAGAUUUAUAAGGUGAUUCUAGAUCUAGCGUCCAAAAACGUCCUCUCACUAAAACUACACUCAAGUGCUUAUACGCUCGGAUGAUACUUGUCGCUUUUCUUGUUUAACAUUACUAUUAAAAUAUGUUUGUCCUUGUCAUAUACUAAAUAAACAUUACAAAAUGA